AUGUCUGGACACAUGGUAAUGCGUAAUAUGAUCCACAAAACAGGCCGUCGUGCCAUUUAUUUCUCUUUCGCCUCGGCUGUAGCAUCAGUGGUUGCAUUCAACGCGUUCUAUGUCUGGCCUCGACAUCACAAAUACGAGGAGUUCUUCAAGCACUACGAUCCCUACACACGCAUGAGGGAGAUCUGUGCUUCUGGCACUGGCAUUAUGCACACUUGUCCGAAAGACUUGGCUAUGAGCUACGAAGAGAAAGGCAAAGAGAUUGCUCCACUGUAA